AGUAAUUUUUUUGUUGUUGUUGUUGUUGUUGGAUCCCAUCGUGUCACAGUCCGCAUUGGCGGAUGCCUUCGCUGGCCGCGUUUCAUCUCAAGACACUUUUUCGCGCUUAGGACUUGUCAAAAAGAUCUGUGGCGGCGCAGGGCGGAUGAUGUGAACUCUCUGUUUGUUUGUUUUGUGCUGUCUUUAAGCCAAGGGCUCUGCGGGCUAAAGGGUGUCCGUCUUCAAAUGGAAUGUUCCGGAUAUGAUUGAAUUAUUUGGAUUUGACGCACGCAAAUGUUGCCGUGGCGCAACGUCAAAGUUCACAGUUGGAUCCGGGAUCAUUAUUUUCUCUCCACGGGUGCUAUUUUGAAUCAGAUCGCACGAUCAAACUCAAGGCUCGGGGGCCAAAUGUGGCCCACUACUUCAUUUUAUGUGGACCAUGUCUUUCCAUGUUUCUUGCUAAAUUGAAUAUGGAGCAAAAGUUUGACUUUCACGUACAUUACCGGCAUUUGAUUUUCCUUCUAAACGUACAUUGAAUUGUAUAUUUCAACGUUCGGUUGACAAUAAUUUCCAUGACUUCAUCCAUCCGUCUGGUACUGCUUUAGCGGGUCGUGUCGCGGGGGCAGUAGCUUUAGCAGGGAUGCCCAGACCUCCCUUUCCCCAGCCACUUCAUCCAGGGCGAGGCAUUCCCAGGUCACCCCAGAGACACGGCGGUCUCCCCGGCGUGUCCCGGGUUGUCCCCAGGGUCUCCUCCCGGUGGGAUGUGCCCGGAACCGAAUCAGAUGCCCCAGCCGCCUCACCUGAAGCGGACUUGCAAUACUGAGGCCAGGGAACAGGACCCACCCUACGCCUCGGCUGUGCCCAGAAUCGGUUGCAAAGGGCACCCUUGGCCAAGUUCAGCCCUCAAUGGCAGCGAGUCCAAUUUAGCACCGGCAGCGGGACCAGACCCUGACAGCGGUCGUCGUACCGGGACCGAACAGACCGAGUCCCACAAAAGACCUGAAGACUGGUGGGGCGAAUUCCCAUGCGCCGAGAGCGUAAAGAUGGUCCACCGUUCCGCGACCACAUUGCUCCUCCGGAAUGUGAGAUGUUGGACUUCCCGGCACCCCUGAAUAGACAUUACGGGGGAGGCUGAGGAGCGGGAUCCGCCUUCUGAUUCCAAAUUCCAUUUGUUCCCCAAACUUUCCAAUGCGCUGUAAGCACAAAGCGAUAAAAGCGAGUCUGAUGAUGCUGUGAUUCCACACUUGCGUGGCCCCGAUAGGGAAACCACGACCAUGCAUGAUGUGGGCUGUGUCUCUGACUCCAAAACAUGUCCUUGGCUGUGUGUAGUGUCCCCCCCAACAGAGUGUGAUGCGGACGCACCCCCCAGUGGUUUCGGAUCGAGGGAAUCCUUCCUUAGCCCCGGUGAAAAGAGAGGCUGGAAAAGGCGAAGGCGCGGUCGCAAAAACAGCCGCAGCGGCCGGGAUCCGGGCCUCGACGGCGACGCGGACCCGGGCAGAGGAAAAGCACCGGCCGGGUCGGAAGCGAGGGGGAGCGCGGCCAUGCGCUGCUCCACGCUGCUCGCCAUCCUCGCGGGGGUUCUGCUGUACUUGGUGUUGGGCGCCGUGGUGUUCCGGGCUUUGGAGGCGCCGCUCGAGGAAGGCAAGCACAGGCGGCUGCGAGGCACCUGUCAGGAGUUCCUGACCAACUUCACGUGCGUCGGCCCCGAAAACCUACGAGCGCUCAUUGAGGAGGUGGCAGCGGCCAUCGGCGCAGGCGUGGAUCCCGGCAGCAACGCCACCUUCGUCAGCCAGUGGAAUCUGGCCAGUGCCUUUUUUUUCUCCGGGACGGUCAUCACGACGAUAGGUUUUGGAAACAUCUCCCCUAAGACGGAAGGCGGUCAGCUCUUUUGCAUUUUCUACGCCUUGGUCGGAAUUCCGUUCUUCGGAAUCUUGCUCGCUGGAGUUGGCGACCAUCUGGGCACUGGCUUGAGGAAGACGGUUGCCAAAAUCGAGAAACUCUUCCUGAAAUGGCGUAUCAGUCAGACCGUUGUGCGAGUGAUUUCGGCCAUCUUGUCCAUCCUGCUGGGCUGCCUGCUCUUUGUCGCCGUGCCAAUCCUGGUUUUCCAAAAGGCGGAAGGCUGGACCCUGCUCGAGUCGGCGUACUUUGUGGUCAUCACCCUGACGACAGUGGGGUUCGGCGACUACGUGGCAGGCGAUUCCGGGCUGGAAGGCAGUGACCACUGGUACAAGCCUUUGGUCUGGUUCUGGAUCUUGGUGGGCCUUGCGUACUUUGCGUCCAUCCUGUCGAUGAUUGGAAAUUGGCUUCGAGUUCUCUCCCAGAAGACCAGAGCUGAGAUGGAGGAGCUGCGAGCCCACGCCACUGACUGGACUCAGAACAUCCAGAACAUGGAUUUUCGCAUCUCCGGAAAAAUCGAGGACCCCUUCCGACAGCGUCGCCGAAGGCGGCGCCGCCGGGAUCGCGGCCGUGGCGCUUCGGCUCCCGAGGGAGAAGGCCGGAACGAGAGCCAAAGUCAUUCCGAAUCGUACUCCUCUUAUACUUCCUCCAGUCAGUCCGAGUCAGAAUCCGAAUCUGAAAGCGCCCGGUCCGAGGGGGUCCCUGAAGAAAAGAAGGACCCGCUCUUUUCCCAGCCUCUUGACUAUUUCGGGGAGAACCUUGCGUUCAUUGACGAGUCAUCUGAUGCUCAGAGCGGCCAUUUACAUUUAGAGACUCAGUUCCACGACAAAAAACAACUGAAUGCAAAAGAGGGCCAACCGUACAAAAGACGGCGCCACAGGAGGGUUGUCCCGAAGGGAGGCUCCAAAAGUCCUCGAAACGAAACAUCCGGUCUCCACAGAAAGGAGUACAACGGAGCCCCGCAACCGGUUCCAAACAUACCGCUGAAGCCUCAAGUAUCAAACAAAGAGGAGGAAAUAUGUUGCUAGCACAAGAGUGGACUUUACAACAAGCAACACAGCAAACUGGAAAGGUGUGGCACCAAAAACAAACAAAAUGUUGCACCCCUCCUGGCUGCUGCAUGUGGUUUGCAGACGAUCCUCCUGCCUUAAAUGUUAAAAUGGUCUGCUCGUGUGCCGCUAGCGGGGGAAAUGCUGCCCUCUGUCGGCCCGAGGGAGCAUCAAGCGUCUCUCGAAUGAUCUGCCUCGUUUUUCCAUUCCGUUUUUUGUUUUUUGUUUUUUAAUUUAACCAUUAAAAAUAAUGCAAAGGGGCGGGUGAUGAUGGCCAAAUCGAAAAGGAAACUUUACAUGCAACUCUUUUGCUGGUGCUGACCUCAAAUCUUUUGGGUGCUACAUUUUUGGAGUGUUUUAUGCAAAUUUGAAAAAAAAAAAUGACAGCAUUUGUAUGUUAACGGCCUUGGCGCUCCAUUUUCUGUACUUUGUUGACUGGAUGUCAUUCUAGAAUCAAAUGCGACCGCUGCGUUUUGCGCUGUUUACUGUGGAAACAAAGUUGAUGAUGACAUUGCGGAUUAAUGUCAUCGGUACUGCGGGUACCGGACCGCUUGAGACUGGGACUUUUUCUCGUGUACUCACCGAAACAACUCCAGAGGACUCACGUCAGAGCACAUUUUCCUUCAAAUUGUGCGAUGGAUCCCCUAACUUGAACAUUAUAAUCAUGAAGAAAUGGAUCAAAGCCCCAAUUGGACACUUCUGGUCUUUUGGGGGGGGGGGGGGGGGCGAAUGAACGUGCAAAUUAGUUUUGGAAGAGCUUCAGGUCCGUUUUCAGGUCCGACGUACUUCAAGUGGUGUUUGACCUCGUGAAUGUUCUCCGUGAAAUGGCCAAUUUGCCUCUGAACAGCAAAAUAUUCUUGAAGGUCUUUUGUGCAAGGGGAGACUGAGCUCUUAAUGUCCUCCCUGCCUCCCUCGCUGAGGGUUCAACGGCAAGAUAUUCCAAUACUUGCGUCCACUUUGCGCAGGGUGCUGAGGACAAAUUAAGCUCAAGCCGCAAAGACCAGAAUAGCGCACAUCCCGACAAGAACCACCCGCCCGUUGGUCGGUGGACUCAAAAGACUCGGACCAAUGUGGCAUCCAUCACGACGCCCUUUCAAAUCUUUUGAAAUUGUUGCAACGGUCAGGCACUCCGAAAAUCAGCAGACAUUUGCGACCGGAAGGCAGAAGCCGAGAAUACAACAAAAAAAACCUCAAACGUGGCAGGCACAAGUGACACUAUGGGGGUCGGGUGGGGGCGCACAUGCGGACUAAAUAUACACAAGAGGUGCAUGUGAUGAAGAUUGGCGACAGGAAAGGAAAACAAAUGGCAGGAAGUGCGUUUGGUGAGAAUAAAGGAAGGAGCGCGAUCAAACUGACAUUGUUUGACA